AUGCUGGAGAAGCGGCUGCCGGCGCUGGUGUGGGGCGCGGCAGCGGCGGCGCUGUGCCUGUCGCUGUACCGCCUGCUGGGCUGGCCGUACCUGCUGCUGCUGCCCGGCAACGCCACCGCCUCGGCGCCGCCGUACCCGCUGGCGCGCCUGCCCGCCGGCGACGCCGCCUCCCUCAUCGACCUGCGCGGCUUCCGCUUCCUCAUCAACAACUACCCCUGCGGCGAGCCCCGCGCGCCGCUGCUGCUGGUGCUGGUGCACUCGGCGCCGGACAACGCGGAGAAGCGCGCGACGAUCCGCGCGACGUGGGGCGGCGCUGCGGCGCGCGCGGGCGCCGACUUCCGCGUGCUCUUCCUGCUGGGCGACGUGGGCGGCGGCGCGCGCCAGGCGCGCCUCGACGCCGAGAACCGCCGCCACGGCGACCUGGUGCAGGGCAACUUCCGCGACUCGUACCGCAACAUGACGUACAAGCACGUGAUGGCGCUCAAGUGGGCCGCCUACCACUGCCCGGGCGCGCGCUACCUGCUCAAGGCGGACGACGACGUGUUCGUGAACGCGCCGGCGCUGCUCUCCUUCCUGGCGCGCGCCCUCUCGCCGUGGGGGGCGCGCCGGCUCAUCCUGUGCGCGCCCUUCCCCUACGCGUACGUGAAGCGCUCGUGGCGCAGCAAGUGGCGCGUGUCGCCGCUCGAGUACCCGGGCCGCGUGUACCCCGCGUACUGCGCCGGCUGGGCCGUGCUCUACUCGCCCGACGUCGUCUUCCUGCUGUACGAGCAGGCGCAGGCCGGCCCCUACUUCUGGAUCGACGACGUGCACGUCACGGGCACGCUGGCGGCGCGCGCCAACCUCACGCACACGCCGCUCGGCUCGCUGGUGCUGUCCGAGGCGCAGGUGGCCGCCGUGCUGGCCGGCGAGCCGCCGCCGCAGUUCCUCUUCGGCGCGCCCAACAUGUCGCUGGACGCCAUCCGCCGCCUCUGGCGCGUCGUGUCGAGUGUACAUAACCUCCAGGACGCCGCCCACUUGAACCUAGCAGCUCCAUAA